GUAAAGUAAGAGAGAUGGGGAGAAAAGUUGGUGAAGUAAGAGAGGGGAAGAGAAAAAUUGGUAAAGUAAGAAAGAGAGAAAAAAGUAAUGGAAUUAAUAUUAGUGGAUCAUGGAGUCCACUUUAAGGUGUUUGUUGUAGUGGUAUAAGUGGAAAAAAAUUGAUGUAUAUGGGCAUAAAGAUUUUCUAAAAUAGAAAGUUUGAAAAUUGUUAUUUUUAAAGAACAGACUAAAAUGGAAAAGGUUGCUAUUUUUUUAAAAACGGAGGGAGUAUUUUUUUACAUGCUUCAUGUUUUGGUAAUAAUUUAUAAGACUGACUAAUUAAAAUUUGAUUUCAUACCUCAAUUGGAAUGUACCAUUAUUAGGGGGAAUUGAAGGGGUACUAUUAGCCUAUUAAUUAUGCAUCAAGUAAUACUGGGCUAUGAUUUAGAAUCUGGGCCUUGCGGUUUUGUUUUAAUUUGGGCCCUCUAUUAAACAUUAACCCUUUUAGUUUAUUAAAAUGGGCCCAACUCUUUAAAAUUGAAUUUUUUGAAUUUGAAUUUAUUUGGUGAUCAUAAUUUCCUUUUGGGGAUCGAAGUGAUCACAAUUCCUGAACAACAGUUUUAGGCAAAUCUCUGUAGCAUCACAUUUCAUAGAACAACAAUUUUUGGCUCGGUUAAUCCAACGUGAGAACACCAGAUAAUAAAUUUCAGUAAAUUAUCUGCUACUCCCCCGUCCCAUAAAUUUUGUCACACUUUGACAAUGCACGAGUUUUAAGAAAUAUAAUGAAAAAUGAGUUGAAAAAAUAAUUAGUAGAAUGUCACUCCUACUUUUAUACUAGUUUCAUGAUAAAAUGUGAGUGAGAAUGAGUUAGUUGAAUAUGAGGUCCUCUACUAAAAAUAUUUAAAAGUGAAAUGCGACAAAUUUUAUAGGACGGAUAGAAAUCGAAAAAAUGUGACAAGCUUUAUGGGACGGAGGUAGUAAUUAACAACCACGUUAAAAGCUAAAGUGGUUCUUCCAUAGCAAUUCAAGGCUAAUAAAGUGGAGAAACUAAAAAUGACCUUGUUUAUUUUAGUACUAUCUAUAACACAUGCAAGCUUUAUCACCAUAUUACAACUCAUAGGAAUCAUAUACCUUCUCCACUUCAAACCAUUUCAUUUUUAAGUAGUGUCACAUGCAACUUCAACCUUACCUCCCAAGCAACCUUCCAUUCAUAAAACAUGCACACAAAAUUAAAACAAUCACUAGAUUCCUUUCUUUCCACAUUCAAAACCAAUCCACACAAACAUUCCCUCAAAAAAAACCCCUUUAUCCCAAUACAAAUCCAAUCCCCCCAAACCACACCCCUUCACUUACAACCAAAAAAUGUGGACCGACGCCCGAAUCCCUCCCCAGCCCGCGGCCGACGAGCGGCCCAUGAAACGCCACCACUCGGCCCGCUACUACGCCCACCGCGUGAAAGAGAGCCUGACCACCCGCGUCUCGAAGCUCAUAUGCGCCAUCGUGCUAGGCCUCCUCUUCCUGAUCGGCAUCAUCUCCUUCAUCCUCUGGCUCAGCCUCCGCCCCCACCGCCCCCGCUUCUUCAUCGAGGCCUUCUCCGCCGCCAGCCCCGCCGUCUCCUUCAACGUCACCGCCCGCAACUCCAACCAGAACAUCGGCGUCUACUACGACUCGGUCCAGGUGGCGGUUUUCUACCAGGAUGACCAGCGCCUAGGCGGCGGGGCGGCGCUGGAGGCCUUCUACCAGGAGCCAAAGAACACCAGGGCGAUCGGCGGUGCUGCAACGGCCACGGGGCAGCAGUGGGACCAGAUUGCGGCGGACAGGGCCCGCGGGGAGGCGGUUUUCCGGGUCGAGGUGACGUCGGUGAUCCGGUUCAAGAUCUCGAGUUGGGAUAGCAAGAGACAUAGGAUGCACGCGAACUGUCCGGUUCGGGUUGGACCGGACGGUUCGCUCUUGCCGAUUAAUGUGCAUACCAGAUGUCCGGUUUACUUUAACUAGGACGGACUAGUUUAAUGUUCAUUUCACCUUUCUCGAUUGGA